UCUCUUGCGUAAAACUUUUCUUUGCUUUUCUAUUUUUUUUAGUUGAAUUUUAUUGUUGGAAUCGUUGAGACGUUGUCGUCGUGUCAUUUUGUUAUGUUCAAAACAAAUCUUGAUGCGGGAUUUAUUGUUAAAAGAAAUCGCGCAUGAAAUAUUUACUUGCUUUGAUAAGAGACACAGAUGCAUGGCAAGGUAAAAAAGUAAAAAGUAAAAUGUGCAAAAAUUGGUGAAUAUUUAAAUCGAAAUCGAAGAAAUAUAUAAUUUUUUUACUUGAAUACCAUACCAAUACAACUUUCAUAUUCUAAAAAAAAAAAAAGGAAAAAAGACGUUUUAAUUACAUUUUGUACUCAUUUUCAAAAGAUACAGCAAGAAACUGAAACAUUGUAGAUUUCUUUACAUAUAUCCAACUCUUGGUCAAUGAAGGGCAAAAAUGGUGAUUGUAACACGCGGUGACUACAUCUGGAUAGAGCCCGCUUCGGGCAGAGAAUUCGAUGUAGCCAUUGGUGCUCGCGUUAUAUCGGCUGAGGGAAGACGCAUUCAAGUACGCGAUGAUGAUGGCGAUGAGAUAUGGUUAUCGCCAGAGAGGCGCAUCAAAGCGAUGCAUGCUUCUUCAGUACAAGGAGUAGAAGAUAUGAUUUCGUUAGGAGAUCUACAUGAAGCCGGUAUUUUAAGAAAUUUACUCAUACGCUAUAAAGAGAACUUGAUUUAUACUUAUACUGGAUCGAUAUUGGUGGCCGUAAAUCCAUAUCAAAUUUUACCCAUUUAUACGGCCGAUCAAAUUAAAUUGUACAAGGAACGCAAAAUUGGUGAAUUGCCCCCGCAUAUAUUUGCCAUAGGCGACAAUGCUUACGCGCACAUGAAACGUUAUCGUCAGGAUCAAUGCAUUGUCAUAUCGGGUGAAUCGGGUGCUGGCAAAACUGAGAGCACAAAAUUAAUUUUACAAUAUUUAGCUGCCAUAAGCGGCAAACAUUCCUGGAUAGAGCAACAAAUACUCGAAGCGAAUCCUAUACUUGAAGCAUUCGGUAAUGCAAAAACCGUUCGCAAUGAUAAUUCAUCAAGGUUUGGCAAAUACAUCGAUAUACACUUUAGUGCUAAUGGUGUUAUUGAAGGCGCCAAAAUUGAACAGUAUUUGUUAGAAAAAUCACGUAUAGUUUCACAGAAUCAUAGUGAACGUAAUUAUCAUAUAUUUUAUUGCAUUUUGGCUGGAUUAUCGAAUGAAGAAAAAAGGCGUUUAGAUUUAGGCCAUGCCUCAGAUUAUAAGUACUUAACUGGUGGUGAUUGUAUUAUUUGCGAAGGACGUGACGAUACUGCUGAAUUUUCCGAUAUUCGUUCCGCCAUGAAGGUAUUAUUAUUUUCAGAUCAGGAGAUUUGGGAAAUAAUAAAAUUACUGGCUGCUUUAUUGCAUUGCGGCAAUAUUAAGUACAAGGCAACCAUAGUAGAUAACUUGGAUGCGACUGAAAUACCGGAACAUAUAAAUGUCGAGCGGGUCGCCGCCCUGCUUGGCUUGCCUAUGCAGCCUUUCAUAGAUGCUCUGAUACGGCGUACUCUUUUCGCUCAUGGCGAAACCGUCGUUUCGACGUUGUCGCGUGAGCAAUCUGUUGACGUUAGAGAUGCCUUUGUUAAAGGGAUUUACGGUCGCAUGUUCGUUCAUAUUGUACGCAAAAUAAAUGCUGCCAUUUACAAGCCGAAAGCUUCUUCCCGUAAUGCUAUCGGUGUUUUGGAUAUUUUCGGUUUCGAGAAUUUCGAUCAGAAUAGUUUUGAGCAGUUUUGCAUAAAUUAUGCCAACGAGAAUUUGCAACAAUUCUUUGUACAGCACAUAUUUAAAUUAGAACAAGAGGAGUACAAUCACGAGGGUAUCAAUUGGCAGCAUAUUGAAUUUGUGGAUAAUCAAGAUGCCUUGGAUUUGAUAGCAAUCAAGCAGUUAAACAUUAUGGCUUUGAUAGAUGAAGAGGCGCGCUUCCCUAAGGGUACGGAUACGACUAUGUUAGCUAAGCUUCACAAAACGCACGGCACUCAUAAGAAUUAUUUGAAACCCAAAUCGGAUAUUAAUACUAGUUUCGGUUUAAAUCAUUUUGCCGGAAUCGUUUUUUACGAUACCAUAGGCUUUUUAGAUAAGAAUCGCGACACAUUUAGUCCCGAUUUGUUGCAUUUAGUGAGUCAAAGUAAUAAUAAAUUUCUGAGGCACAUAUUUAAUCAAGAUAUAGAAAUGGGAGCUGAAACGCGUAAACGCACACCUACACUAUCCACUCAAUUUAAAAAAAGUUUGGAUGCUCUAAUGAAAACACUUAGUUCCUGCCAACCUUUCUUUAUUCGCUGCAUCAAACCGAAUGAGGUGAAAAAACCAAUGAUGUUCGAUCGCGGCCUAUGCUGUCGUCAAUUACGUUAUUCGGGAAUGAUGGAGACGAUACGAAUACGUCGAGCUGGCUAUCCCAUACGUCAUGGAUUUCGAGAAUUCGUGGAACGUUACAGAUUUCUUAUAUCGGGCAUACCGCCCGCUCAUCGCACUGAUUGUCGUUUAGCUACUUCGCGUAUUUGUGCCGCUGUUUUGGGCAAAUCCGACUACCAAUUAGGUCACACGAAAGUGUUUUUGAAGGAUGCGCAUGAUCUAUUUUUAGAGCAAGAACGGGAUCGCGUUCUAACGCGCAAAAUUCUCAUAUUGCAGCGUACAAUACGUGGUUGGGUAUAUAGGAGACGUUUUAUGCGCAUGCGUGAGGCAGCUGUAACCAUACAACGUUUCUGGAAAGGCUAUGCUCAACGCCAGAGGUAUUAUCGAAUGCGAGUGGGUUACAUGCGUCUGCAAGCUCUUAUACGUUCACGUGUACUCUCUCAUCGUUUUCGUCACCUCCGUGGUCAUAUUGUGGGCUUGCAAGCACAUGCUCGUGGCUAUUUAGUAAGGCGCGAAUAUGGCCACAAGAUGUGGGCUAUUAUUAAGAUACAAUCGCAUGUCAGACGGAUGAUUGCCAUGCGCAGAUAUAAAAAAGUACGCGAGGAAUACAAACAAUUCGCUGAAGUUUUGCAUUUACGUAAGUUAGAGGAACAGGAGCUAAUGCACAAAGGCAAUAAACAUGCUCGAGAAAUAGCUGAACAACAUUAUCGAGACCGUCUGCAUGAGCUUGAACGGAGAGAAAUGGAGAAGGAGAUGGAACAGCGUAAACGUGUAGAAGCCAAAAAGAAUUUAAUCAAUGACGCUGCCAGAAAACAAGACGAGCCCGUGGACGAUGGAAAACUCGUGGAAGCCAUGUUCGAUUUCCUUCCGGAUUCCAGCAGUGAAGCUCCUACACCACAUGGUGGCCGAGAAACUUCGGUGUUUAAUGAUCUGCCACACACCAAUAAUAUAAGCCAAGAAGAUUUAAUUGGACCCAUGCAUAUUUCGGAAGACGAAGAAGAUUUGUCAGAGUUUAAAUUUCAAAAAUUUGCUGCCACCUACUUUCAAGGCAAUGUCAAUCAUCAGUAUUCAAAAAAGGCUUUGAAACAUCCUUUACUGCCACUGCAUACUCAAGGAGAUCAGUUGGCUGCCCAGGCCUUAUGGAUUACUAUUCUACGAUUUACAGGGGAUAUGUCAGAACCCAAAUACCACACCAUGGAUCGUAUGGACACUACUUCAGUUAUGUCAAAAGUUACCGCCACAUUGGGUAGGAAUUUUAUACGAAGCAAGGAGUUUCAAGAGGCUCAGUUAAUGGGUUUGGAUCCCGAGGCAUUUCUCAAACAAAAACCCCGCUCAAUACGACACAAACUAGUUUCUUUGACCUUGAAACGUAAAAAUAAAUUAGGAGAAGAUGUACGGCGUCGCCUACAGGAUGAAGAAUAUACUGCUGACAGUUAUCAAUCAUGGCUUCAAUCCAGACCCACUUCAAAUUUGGAGAAGUUGCAUUUCAUUAUAGGUCAUGGUAUUUUGCGGGCCGAAUUGAGGGAUGAAAUUUAUUGCCAAAUUUGCAAGCAACUCACUAACAAUCCUCUAAAAUCGUCACAUGCAAGAGGUUGGAUUUUGCUAUCAUUGUGUGUGGGCUGUUUUGCUCCUUCAGAAAAGUUUGUCAACUAUUUAAGAGCGUUUAUACGUGAAGGUCCUCCCGGCUAUGCACCAUACUGUGAGGAACGUUUGAAGCGCACAUUUAACAAUGGUACUCGCAAUCAGCCGCCCUCUUGGUUGGAAUUGCAAGCCACGAAAUCGAAGAAGCCCAUAAUGCUGCCUAUUACUUUCAUGGAUGGCAAUACUAAAACGCUCUUGGCCGAUUCAGCCACCACAGCCCGCGAAUUGUGCAACCAAUUAUCUGAUAAAAUCACAUUAAAGGAUCAGUUCGGAUUCUCUUUGUACAUAGCUUUGUUCGAUAAAGUCUCUUCUCUCGGCAGUGGAGGCGACCAUGUAAUGGAUGCUAUUUCACAAUGUGAACAGUAUGCGAAAGAGCAAGGUGCUCAGGAGCGUAAUGCUCCCUGGCGACUAUUCUUUCGAAAGGAAAUAUUCGCUCCAUGGCAUGAUCCUACUUUCGAUCAGGUUGCCACAAAUCUCAUCUAUCAACAAGUGGUGAGAGGUGUCAAGUUUGGUGAAUAUCGUUGUGACAAGGAGGAGGACUUGGCCAUGAUAGCUGCUCAGCAAUAUUUCAUUGAAUACGGAACAGAUAUGUCUAUGGAACGUUUAUUUACUCUUUUGCCAAAUUUUAUACCAGAUUUCUGCUUGACGGGUAUAGAUAAAGCGAUUGAGCGUUGGGCUGCUUUAGUACUGCAGGCCUAUAAAAAAUCUUACUAUGUCAAAGAGAAAGUAGCGGCUUUAAAAAUUAAGGAGGAUAUAGUAAGUUAUGCUAAAUACAAGUGGCCGCUGCUGUUUUCACGAUUCUAUGAAGCUUAUCGGAAUUCGGGUCCCAACUUACCGAAAAAUGACGUUAUAAUUGCCGUUAAUUGGACUGGCGUCUACGUGGUAGAUGACCAGGAGCAAGUUUUGCUUGAAUUAAGCUUUCCCGAGAUCACUUCGGUAUCAAGUCAGAAGACAAAUAAAGUCUUCACUCAAACAUUUAGCUUAUCUACUGUGCGGGGGGAAGAGUUUACAUUCCAGAGUCCGAAUGCUGAAGAUAUACGAGAUUUAGUUGUUUAUUUUUUGGAUGGCUUAAAGAAACGAUCGAAAUACGUAAUUGCCGUACAAGAUUACAGAGCCCCUUCGGAUAACUCCAGCUUUUUAUCAUUCUACAAAGGAGAUUUAAUUAUUUUGGAGGACGAGAGUUGUGGUGAAACAGUUCUUAAUAAUGGUUGGUGCAUAGGACGUUGCGAGCGAACUCAAGAGAGAGGUGACUUUCCGGCAGAAACCGUCUAUGUGCUUCCGACUUUAACUAAGCCGCCCCAAGAUAUUUUGGCAUUAUUUAACAUCGAUGAAGCCCAUCAUGGUCGUCGUUUGAGUAUGGCUAGUAAUGGGGCUCCCGAUACUCGAGAUAGGCCUCACACGUUAAUGGAAUAUGCCAUGGAUCAUUUUCGCUUACCACCCAAGCGUACUAUGUCGAAAACGUUAACUUUAGGUUCGAAACGUUCUGAAGAAAUAUGGCGUUACUCUCGCGAUCCCAUUAAGGCACCAUUAUUGCGUAAAUUACAAAGCAAAGAGGAAUUGGCCGAAGAGGCUUGUUUCGCUUUUGCUGCCAUACUCAAAUAUAUGGGCGAUUUACCGUCGAAACGACCCCGUAUGGGUAAUGAAAUUACCGAUCACAUAUUCGAUGGUCCCCUGAAACAUGAAAUAUUGCGCGAUGAAAUCUAUUGUCAGAUAAUGAAACAGUUAACUGAUAACCGCAACCGUAUUUCUGAAGAAAGAGGUUGGGAACUAAUGUGGCUAGCCACGGGUCUCUUCGCUUGUUCACAGGCCUUACUAAAAGAGUUGACGCUAUUCCUUAGAACACGAAGACAUCCGAUUUCGCAGGAUUCGUUACAUCGCCUGCAAAAGACCAUACGCAAUGGGCAGCGCAAAUAUCCGCCCCAUCAAGUGGAAGUAGAAGCCAUACAACACAAGACUACGCAGAUAUUUCACAAAGUAUAUUUUCCUGACGACACAGACGAAGCGUUUGAGGUGGAUUCUUCGACGAGGGCCAAAGAUUUUUGCCACAAUAUUUCACAACGCUUGUCGCUGAGAACCAGUGAAGGUUUCUCUUUAUUUGUGAAAAUAGCCGAUAAAGUUAUUUCAGUACCAGAAGGAGACUUCUUCUUCGAUUUUGUUAGACAUCUGACGGAUUGGAUUAAAAAAGCCAGACCUAUACGGGACGGUUCAAAUCCCCAAUUUACAUAUCAAGUGUUUUUCAUGAAGAAAUUGUGGACGAACACAGUACCGGGCAAAGAUCGUAAUGCUGAUUUGAUAUUUCAUUAUCAUCAAGAAUUACCGAAACUUUUACGAGGUUAUCAUAAAUGUUCUCGCGAAGAGGCAGCAAAAUUAGCAGCUUUAGUAUAUCGGGUGCGCUAUGGAGAUAAUAAACAAGAAUUACAAGCCAUACCACAAAUGUUGCGUGAAUUGAUACCUUCGGAUAUCAUGAAGAUGCAAAGCUCUAAUGAAUGGAAAAGAGCGAUAGUCGCUUCAUAUAAUCAAGAUGCAGGCAUGAGCUCGGAAGAUGCGAAAGUAGCAUUUUUGAAAAUUGUAUACAGAUGGCCUACCUUUGGCUCGGCUUUCUUCGAAGUGAAACAAACGACUGAACCUAAUUAUCCAGAAAUGCUUUUAAUAGCCAUUAAUAAGCAUGGCGUUAGCUUAAUACAUCCAGUAAAUAAGGACAUUUUAAUUACUCAUCCCUUCACACGCAUUUCAAAUUGGUCAUCGGGCAACACUUAUUUCCAUAUGACCAUCGGCAAUUUAGUUAGAGGCUCGAAGCUAUUGUGUGAGACUUCGUUGGGUUAUAAAAUGGACGAUUUACUCACUUCCUAUAUAUCAUUAAUGUUAACCAAUAUGAAUAAAAAUCGUACCAUACGCGCAAAUUAGUCGUUGAAUUGAAUGCAUCUCUCGAUAUAUUAAGUUUUAUUUUCGAAU